AUGACGGAGGCUGCAACGGCCAAGAGGAAGGUGGGCGCUGAGGCGUCCGGCAGUGAGAGCGAGGGGGAGCAGGGAGGAAGUCGACGCAAACUCCUUCAAAAACAUAAAAAGGAGAUCAAGGAUCUCCAAGCUGAGGCGAAGCGCGCGGCCUCGAAGGCUAAGGGCAAGGGGGAGAAGCAGCAAGUCGAGCGCGAGUUCAAGCACAAGGAACAGGAUCUCCUCGCCGAGCAUCAGCGCCAGUUGGCAGCUCUCGCGAACAAGGCGGCGGCCUUCGGAGACGACGGCGAGCUGCCGAGCGGGGGCGGCGGAGACGCCCACGACCAAUCGAAUGCCUGUGGCGUCGCGGGCGCUUCGUCUGGCGAAUCCAAGCAGGCAAAGCGCGGCGGCGGGGUGCCUCAGGCGGUUGCAGGCGCGUCGCCGCCGUCCGAGAGCGCCGACGCGGUUGUGAACGCCUUCGAGUCUCUGCGCCUCUACGGCGGAGACGAGGGCGCCCGCGAGCCCGCGAAGCUCUCGAAGGCCCAGCAGCGGCGAAGAAAGAAGCGCGCGGAAGACGAAGAAAGGGAGGAAGCUCUCAGAAGGGAGAAAGAAGAGGCCGACCCCGAUCCUGGCCAAGUCGAGCGCGAGAGUCUGCAGAGGAGUCUCGAGAGCCGCGGACUCGCGAUUCACGACAUCGCUGCCGACGGCCACUGUCUGUACAGAGCGGUUUGUCAUCAGCUGCGGCUGAACCCAUCUGCUGGAGGCGCGGCAUUCGCCCUCGAGCACCCGGAGUCUUGGGCGGUUGAAACUCUCCGCGGCAAAGUCGCGGACUUCCUCAAGGAUCACAAAGACGAUUUCCAGCCCUUCCUUGACGACUCCGCACAAACCGACCACGGCUUCGCGGACUACUGCGAGAAGAUUCGCAGCACGGCUGAAUGGGGAGGCGAAGUCGAGCUGCAGGUCAUUUCCAAGGUGAUUCAGCGACGCAUAGAAGUCGCUACGAUCGGCGACAACGAGUUCAUGCUCCUCCACUACGGCGAGGAAUUCCCCUCUGACGAAAGCCCGCUUCGGCUCGCAUUCCAUCGGCUUCUUCUGGCCGCCGGGGGGCACUACAACUCUGUCGUGCCUCUCGGGAGCGCGUAG